AAUGUCCUCAAAAGCUUCAAAAUCUCUUGCAAAGGAUGAUUUAAAACGACUAAUGCACAAAGCUGCUUCAAAGAAUAAAAUCAAUCAUCCACUAGCAAAAUAUCCUUUUUUUAAUUUGUUGAGUGAAAUUCUUUGGGAUACUCACCUUAAAAGCCGAGGACAUAAAGAGAAUGUAGAACUACUGAAAUCAAAUCGGCUAGUUCAAGAAAAGCCAAUUUCUCAAACAUUGAAGAGAAAGACGGAAGAAGAAAUCAAGGAUGAUAAUUCGAAAACUAAAAAAUCGAGAUUACCUGACGACUUUUUUGAUAAUUCGUCGAAGACAAAUGCUAAAUCGAUAUUGAAAAAUGCACCUCUAAAAACUGGCUCUAAAGUUCCUACAGUUACAACAGAGAUUCCGUCUUCUUCUCUUCCUAGUGAUUUUUUCGAUUCUGGUGACAAAGAACCAAAACCACAAACAUCUAAGGUAGAUUCUGAAGUGGAGGGCCCAAUAUCAAACACUGCUGCUGAACAGAUACCGGAGGGAUUUUUUGAUGAUCCUAAAAUUGAUGCUAAAGUACGCAAUGUGGAAUACAAAAACAAAAUAGACGAAGAGUGGGAAAUAUUUCAAAAAGUUAUAAAAGACGAGACAAAUAAAGCUGAAAAUCUAAUGGAUGAAGAGCACGAAGAAAAUACAAUCUUGAGAAAUAUUGAAGAAAUUGAUACUGAAAUACAAUUAUGGGGCAAAGUUGACAAUUUAUACAAAAAGAAAGAAGAAGUAUUAAAACAAGUACAAUCUAAAGAGAGAAGUACCACAGCUGCCAAAAACGACCUUAACGAUUCCAGCGAAGAAUCGGAUGAAGAUUAUGACGAAAAUAGUCUUAAUUGGAGAAGCAAAGGAAUAAUUUAA